AUGGCAGUGGCGGUGGCGGCAUCCCUCCUCGUCUUCCUCGGCGUCUUCCCUUUUCCUUGUCUGGUGGCUGGAGGAGCGCCGCCAUCUUCUCCGGCGCCGGCCCCCUGGCCGCCUCAAUUCCACGCCAUCCUCUACGCCAACUACUCGGGGGCCCUUUCUAUCAUCGACCUCUGGUACGACUGGCCCAAUGGCCGCAACUUCAACAUAAUCCAGAAGCAGCAGGGGGAGCUCCUCUACGACCUCGAAUGGGACAAUGGCACCUCCUUCUACUACAAUCUCGACGCCUCCCGACGGUGCCGCACCAUGCGCUUCCCCGUUGGCAUCCUCCGCCCCAACUGGCUCGGCGGCGCUACCUACCUCGGCCAGGUCGCCGUCGACGGCUUCCUCUGCAAUGUGUGGGAGAAGGCCGACUUCAUCACCUACUACGAGGACGUUGCCACAAGGAGGCCCGUCCGUUGGGUGUUCUACACUGGUACGAACCCUAAUUUGGUUUUUCGAAUUCCCCGCACCCAAUUCGUCUAGGAACGAAAUCCUCCGAUCUUCCUUCGGGUUUGCAUGCACAAUGGGAUCGGGAAAUCGUGAAUUGCGACGGACAAUUCUGAUUUCUGCGUUCCUCAAUCGCCGAAGUCGGGGAUCUCCACGGAGUUCAUCUCACCCCCCCCACCCUCUUCUGUUCUCUGCUCGCUCGGUCGCCAUGUUCUUCUUCUCUCUCUACUUCUAUUUCUGCAGGGCGGUCGAUCCACGUGAUGACGUUUGAGGAGGGGGCGGUGCUGGAGGACGAGAAAUGGCAGGCUCCCGUCUACUGCUUCGACUCGGCAGCGGCUGCGGUGGCUUCUUCUGGUUGA